AUGCUGUCGAGACGGUAUAUCCAUGACGACAAACCUUCAGAAGAUGCCAAGAAACUUGUUGGCCGUGUUGAUCCAAACAGUCAACGGUGUCUCAUCGAGAACCGCCAAGAUCUCGCUGUCGAGCAUUGUUACCUCCUUCCAACAUAUCUGUUGCGGAAUGAACGAAUCGUAGAAAUGUCGUCUCUGGAGUGGUUCUGGGGGAUGAAGCACGGCUCCCUGAACCUUGAUACCAGGUACAACGUCUUUCCAAUCAGUUCUUCGCUCCUCCGUCUAUAUGAAGAGAAUAAGUGGGGGUUACUCCCAUCAGAUGACAUUGUUCAUCACUAUGCCCGAGGACUUAGUCUUGGUUUUGCAAGCCGGCCUAAGGGAGACACUGUACAAAAUGGCGUCUUCACAUAUAGAUUCCUUCCACUUUCCAAGGCCAUUGAGUCUAUGGGCAUUCUACACCAGCAUGAUCAUCCGACCCCUCAUCCUCCUACACCAAGUAGCUUUAUCACAUCCGUCCAUCCAUUCUCAGAGCUUCAGAACCUCGAGUCGCACCUUCAUCCCAAGUUCGCAAUCGCUGCCCUUGGUUAUAAACUGGGUUUGGUCGAUCAGAAUCGACGCAAAGAGCUCCUCCUUCAUUGGCCCAUCCUUUGGACAUUGAUGUCCGUUCAUCGUGCUUGGAUGGUAUCCGUUCCGGUGGUUGCCUGCGAUCACGAAUCCUUCGCGUCUCUUUCAGAGUCUAGAAGCACGUCAGACUCAGGCUAUGGCGGCGGAAUCAGCGAAGGUACUAUCCCGAUACGCCCACGUCCAAGGGUAUCUGCAAAACGGGAAAGGUCUGCCAGCCUUGAUGAGCUGUCCAUGUCUUCACAGAAGCGCGCUCGACUUUCUGCUCAUGCUUUGUUAUGUCACGACCGACGCAGUGACAGAAGUGGAUGGACCCGGAAGAGAAUAUCUGAUUGGGCUGCAUCGUCCGCGUAUCAGUGCAUGUGUGACACGUUUGGCAUCGAGGAUAGAUUUGACCCACCCAUCCUCGUAUCAACCAUUCAUGAGCCAGCAAAAGACCCCAGAAUCCCGCCUUGGGUGCCCUCACGGGGCACUAAAAUCAGAGUUGACUCUGUUGAUCCCAAUCAAGGCCGCUGCCUCAUCGAAAACUGCCUAAAGUUUCGGGAGGUUGAAUACUGCCAUGUUAUACCACGAAGCUUUACAAAGUUCACCGACAAUAUGACAAAUCUUGAGUGGUACUGGGGGCUGAGACAUUCAACCCUGGACCUGGAUACGAGGCGUAAUAUUUUGCUCGCUGGAUCUUCUCUGCACGGCCUUCAUGACAAUCACCGUUGGGGGUUGCUGCCACCCGACGAUAUAAUCAACAAGUAUGCGAACAACAUUGACGAAGAGGAGCACUAUCAAAGGGGGUCUGUUGAAGUCCCCGACGGGGUCUUCUCAUACCGACUCAUCCCGCUUCAUCCAGGCAUGGAAACCAUUGGCAUUCACCGCCAGCUGGGACACGAGCCCGACAACCUUACUUUCACAACACAUGUAUUUCCGUUCGACCAGCUGCCACCCCUUCAAUGCCAUAUCCACCCAAAAUUUGCAAUCUACGAGUUUGGCUCAAAACUCGUCGGGCUCGCCGCUGAGAUGCGGGCUGAGCUUUUCGAACGUUGGCCAAUUCUUGACAAAAUUGCCCUUAUCUACAGGGCGUGGGACGCGCCCCCGACAGAGGAUAUUUCAAAAUGGCUGAUGGACAUCCCGGACUCAAAAGGUGACUCCAGUGACGAUGAUGAAUAUCCCCCACAAGUGUAA